AUGUUGGCUGCGUCUGUGGACGAUGAACAGGCUGAAGUUGAACUCUCCGAGAUCAAGGGUCAGGCGAAGAUGAUCUUCCGGCGGUUGAGUCGCAAUGCAGCACCUCAGGCGAGCAUUGAAUCCGGCCAGUACAAUCUACACUACCUGAUCCAAGAUGAUAUCUGCUUCCUGUGCAUAUGCGAUCGCUCCUAUCCGCGCAAGCUUGCCUUCACUUAUCUCGCCGACCUCGCAACCGAAUUCACCACAACAUACUCCCCCGCGCAAUACCAGUCCCCCAACCUGCGACCGUAUGCCUUCGUCGAGUUUGACACUUUCAUCCAGCGCACCAAGAAGCUCUACCAGGAUAGUCGAGCCUCGCAGAACCUCGACCGACUCAACGACGAACUCCGUGAUGUGACCAAGGUCAUGACGAAAAACAUUGAGGAUCUUCUGUACCGAGGCGAUAGCUUGGAGAGGAUGGGCGAAUUAUCGGGGCGCUUGCGUGAAGACAGCAAGAAAUACAGGAAAGCUGCGGUCCGCAUCAACUGGGAGUUGGUGCUUAAACAGUAUGGCCCAUUUGCCGGGGUCGGCCUUAUCUUCAUUUUCCUUCUCUGGUGGCGCUUCUUCUAG